AAGCGAAAUGCUACACACGUCUUGUGGACGAAACGGAAAGUUAACAAACGAAUUGAAUGGUCAAUGGAAAUUAAUGAAUUUUCCAGCUAUUAAUGAUUUUGAAGAAUAAAAACGUUAUGAACCAAAGAAAAACACGUAUUACUAUGAGUGCAUAAUUAUGUUUGUAUGUACGUUGUGAUACAUACAUAUGUAAAAUAUUAGUGGCUAAAAAGCAACUAGCAACAGUGAUAGUGAAAAGUGUUGUUGCCUGAAAUAUGUUUGGCAUGUAAAUUGUUACAUAUGUUUGUAUGUAUAUCGGCGUGGGUGUACAAGUGUCAUUAUCCUUAGGGCAAUAUAUAAAUACAAGCAGUUGACGGUACAAAAACAAAAGUGCAAGUAAAAGUGUAAGCACAAACAUAAAUCGAGUAUUACAAAUGUACGUACAUUUUGUUGGAGGUCUAUGAAAUGUUGGAAAACAAGAAAACCCCUCAGUAAAAACUGCGCAUCUCCAAAAAUUGUGUUUUUUUUACACUUUCAUUACGAUAAAUACGCUGUUGUUUUUAAAUUACGAAAAUACUCAUAAACGUAAAUAUUCGAAUGUGCAUAUGUGAGUGGCAUAUUACUUUUAAGUACAUACAUAUUUAUGCAACAUUAAAUUAAAAAUACUCUUAUAGGCUCUCUGUGCGUUGUUUUUUUUUUUAAAUCAGCAUUCACAUAUUUGUUACAUUGCGUCGUUGUUGAAUUUAUUUUAGUUUUCGCCUUUUGUUUUUAUUUCAAUGACUUUUCUGCGUCUUCGAAGUCGCCGGUGUUGAUUAUUUAUUUAUACCAAAUACUGGCUUGUUAAGUCAGCUGUGGCCACUGAAUUAACAAAAGUAGAAUAUACUUCUCAAUACCCGUAAAUGUCAACAAGCGUAUACAGUACGUAAAGUAGAAAUAACAAAGUCAACAGCAGCAGCAGCCGCAGCAGUAGUUGAAGCAGCAUUAAUCGCAACAACAGGCAGUUGGUUCAGUGAGGUCAAUGACGAGAACGUCAUUGAAUUUAUGAACUGGUUAAAUUCAAUUGCCAAUAUUACGGCCAAAAAUACUUGCUUGGCCGCCAUUAUUUUUACAAACUCAAAUAUCUUGCCACCAACGCAACAUAAGUAUAGCAACAAGUAAAGUUUUGCCUCUCAUAAAACUCAACAAUUAAGCGAAGUGAAAACGAAUUAUCGAACGAAGUACCUUCAACGUCCUUUGGCCAUCUUAAGUGUGGAAUCAAGUGUUGUGGUCUGAAUAGCCCCAUACCACCGAAUAGCAUAGCUGUUGUUAUUUUGUAUUUUAUUUUCACUUACCUUUCGUUUUGCGCAUCGUCGUCGCUGUGUGAACAAUGGUUGCAAUCGAACAUCGUCAAAAGUCAUCGACAGCAGCAACAGCAACAGCCACAGCGACAUCAGCAGCAACAAUCAACAUAGCCGUACUAUCGCCAACAUCGUCUGCCUCUUCAGCGUCGGCUGCUUCGAAUACUACUACGACGACCACUUCAAGUAUUCAACCUCAACAUCAGCAUCAACAACAACAACAACAGCAGCAGCAACAACAACAACAACAACAACUAAUAGAGAAACCGGAGGAGGAGAAGAAGCAGUUGGUGGAAGAAACUCUGAAAUUAACUCAAAAAUCGCCAAAACAAAAGCAUUCAAAUAUUCAAUCAGAUAAAAUGUCACAGCUGGAAUCACCCGCCGAUACAAAAACUUCGGAGAAACAACAACAACAUAACAAGACUGGCGGUGGUGCUGUCUCGAAGAGUGCGGUUAGUCAGCGUAAUGUCGAUAUAAAAAUUGCCAAAAAAUCGAAUUUGGACGCAGCAACCAAGGAGCUUACGAAGAAGGUACUCAAGCUGGAUUUGACGGGGAAGGAUUUAGAUGAGUUCUCCAUUAAAUCACCCAAAUCGCCAAUAGCGCGCUUGCCGCAUCAAACAUCGCUUACCUCCUCGGUCGAUGUGGAGGAUAGGAAAACGUUACGUGAGGCCUUAUACCAGGGUAUAUUUCAUCGCCAUCGAAGAACAAUUUUCGCUGUGGGUAGCUUCUUACGAAUGUUACGCAGUCGCAAUUCACAAUACAAUACCAUACGUAGCUCGUCCGAGGGCGAGGAUGUGGAUGAAGUUAGAUAAGACAAUGUUUUGUAGACACGUCAAUCUACAAAUACGAGUAUACAUAUAUACAUACAAAUACAUAUAUAUGCAUAUAAACGGAUAUAUAAAAUACAAGCCAUACAAACAUGUAUGCGUACACACAUACAUAUAAACAAUUAUAUACUUACAAAACUUAAUGAUAAGCGCAUAUGUACGUGAGCGAUAUAAAAAUGAAUAAAAAAUUGCUAUUAACAAAAUCAAA